CGCAUCCCCCCGCAAGUGCUGGUCAACUGGGCGGUGCAGAUCGCGCGGGGCAUGCUCUACCUGCACGAGGAGGCGGUGGUGCCCAUCCUGCACCGGGACCUCAAGUCCAGCAACAUUUUGCUCCUGGAGAAGAUAGAGCACGACGACAUCUGCAAUAAGACCCUGAAGAUCACGGACUUCGGGCUGGCCAGAGAGUGGCACAGGACCACCAAGAUGAGCGCGGCCGGCACCUACGCCUGGAUGGCCCCCGAAGUCAUCAAGUCGUCGUUGUUUUCCAAGGGAAGCGACAUCUGGAGCUACGGAGUCCUGCUGUGGGAGCUGCUCACGGGGGAGGUCCCCUACCGCGGCAUCGACGGCCUCGCUGUGGCCUACGGGGUGGCGGUCAACAAGCUCACUUUGCCCAUCCCAUCCACCUGCCCUGAGCCCUUUGCCAAGCUCAUGAAAGAAUGCUGGCAGCAAGACCCUCACAUUCGCCCGUCAUUUGCCUUAAUUCUUGAACAACUGACUGCCAUUGAAGGGGCAGUUAUGACCGAAAUGCCUCAGGAAUCUUUCCAUUCCAUGCAAGAUGACUGGAAGCUGGAAAUUCAGCAGAUGUUUGAUGAGCUGAGAACAAAGGAAAAGGAGCUGCGGUCCCGCGAGGAGGAGCUGAGCCGCGCGGCCCUGCAGCAGAAGUCCCAGGAGGAGCUGCUGAAGCGGCGGGAGCAGCAGCUGGCCGAGCGCGAGAUCGACGUGCUGGAGCGGGAGCUGAACAUCCUGAUCUUCCAGCUCAACCAGGAGAAGCCCAACGUCAAGAGGAGGAAGGGCAAGUUCAAGAGAAGCCGCCUGAAGCUCAAGGAUGGGCAUCGCAUCAGCUUGCCCUCAGAUUUCCAGCACAAAAUAACGGUGCAGGCCUCCCCCAACCUGGACAAACGGAGGAGCCUGAACAGCAGCGGCUCCAGCCCCCCCAGCAGCCCCACCGUGAUCCCGCGGCUCCGGUUUUCAUGUUCCGUCAUUGUUUACAUUCUCGAGUCAGGUAGUUUUACAACUGUUUCCAUUCAUUUGACUUUAAAAUUUCUUAACUGGUUCAUGAGUGAUGCUCCCCAUUUAGUGACUUCAGAUGAAAGCAACAAGACUUGGGGAAGGAACACAGUCUGUCGACAGGAAGAAUUUGAAGAUGUGAGAAGGAAUUUCAAGAGAAAAGGUUGCACCUGGGGACCAAAUUCCAUACAAAUGAAAGAGCGAGCGGAUUGCAAAGAAAGAAUAAGACCACUCUCGGAUGGCAACAGUCCUUGGUCCACUCUCUUGAUAAAAAGUCAGAAAACCAUGCCACUGGCGUCGUUAUUUGUGGACCAGCCAGGUGCUUGCGAAGAACCAAAGCCCUCGGCUGACGGCUCAGAGCACAGGAAACCAAAGCAGGUCAGACCGGCCGGCCCGGCCUACGUGGACUUGCCUCCGGGGAAGGACGGCCACCGGGAGAGCCCGCUGGAAGCCGACAGCUGGGAGGAGGCAGCCCCCGGGAGCCCUGCCACGGGCACCCCGCAGGUGACCCCCACCAACAGUCUGAGCAGGUCGCCCCCGAGAAAGAGAACAGAGUCGGCCCUGUAUGGCUGCGCCCUGCUGCUGGCGUCUGUGGCGCUGGGCCUGGACAUCAGAGAGCUGCCCCGGGCGCAGGCUGCCGAGGAGCCGGGGCCCAAGGAGGAAAGGAAGAAACGAGAGGGCAUCCUGCAGCGGGUGCCCAGGCCCCGCGGUGCCUCUGAUCGCUGCCCCCGGCCGCCGUCCACCGGCGAGGGGCCCAGCGUCGCGGCCUUGCUGCCCCCUCCCAGCGCCCUGGGCCUCCUGUCCAGGCCUUCUCUCUCCACAAGGUGCCUGCUGCAGGCGGAGGGCGAAGACUCGUUCGAGGGCGGCGCCCACAUCACGUGUGACCCCGACCUGCCCCCUCCAGAUGUCUGCCCUGCCGUCGGAGGAGGUCCGCGAGAGCCAACCUCCAGGCCAGUACAGGAGGCCGACCGCGGCCUGUGGAGACACCCGUGUCCCCCCUGCUCGGAGCAGACCCGUGGGAACGCGCCUCCCUGUGCCUCUUCGAGGGAAAGAGUCGCAGGCCACAGGCGGACCGUGUCUGAUGGGAACCAAUCUCAGGCCCCAGCUGGAGCCACUGGAGCCCUUGCACUGCCACCUGAGCGGGUGUGGGUGCCGCCCCACUCCUCCUGUGCCCACAGUAACCUGCCAGGCGAGGCCCCGCCUGGAAGACCAAGAGCUUUCACUGCUGUGCCUCGGCCCCCCGCCCUGAGAGGCCCGGCGGACGCCUCCCAGGCCUUCCCCAGGAGGACAGAGCCCCGGCCGGCACCGGCCGACCCUGGCCUGGGAGGUGCGGGCCCGAGCCCUGACUGUGCCCUUGGUGCCAAGGCUAGAACUAGGUCGCAUGUGCCUUCCCUGCUGGACGCCGACGUGGAGGGCCAGAGCCAGGACUGCACGCUGCCCCUGUGCCGGCCGAGGAGCGGAGGCGGCCGGCCGGCCGUCUACCAGCUGGAGAAAGAAUUCCUGUCUUAAGUGCCUUAUGUUGUUCGAGCAUUUUUUUUUAAGGUGAAUGAAUUAAAACACUGUGUCUACCUGCGAAUCGUUUCGUGCUGCUGUGUCUUCCGAAGCUGUGGCCACAUCCCUGCAGCGGUAGCGGACGCCUGGCCACUCCGGCAGGAUGGACCCGAGCGCUGUCAGCUGUCCGCGUAGGUGGUUUUCCACUGGACUCCUGCCUGGUGACUUGAAAUACACUCUGGCGUAGGACAGGAGGCGGCAGCGACCGAAGCUCUGCUGGGAAGGGUUCCCGAGGCACCACCUCAGUGCUGCGCCCCGCUGUGUCCCGUCCGCGCCCCAAGGAGCCGGUCACUGUGUCCCCUCCCUCCUUCCCUCCCUCCCUCCUGCCCUUUGUUUUAUUUGUCUUUUCUUUCCUUUCCUCACUUUUCCCUUCCUCUCUUUUGUGCCACAAAAAGCCAAGAAGAAGAAUGUGCUUUUAGUAAGUAAAGGUGUCUAUUUUUUACAAAGCGAUAACUAGAAUAGAUGCGAAGUCCUAUUUAAGGUGCCUGGACUCAGCGGUGGGUUUUAUAACGCGUAGGCUCGCCCCAGUCUCACCUAGAUCAUGCACUAUUUCCCUCUUUGAGGAAAAUCUACUGAAUGUAACUUCUGAAAGUGUACUGAAUGUAACUUAUGAAUUUUACCCAUUCGAAGUCCAAAAGAUGUUUUUACAAGAUCAGCCACCGACAUUUGGCUCAGACCGUUACGUGUGCACCCGAGAGACGUGGGUCCCCAGGCUCCUCCUGAGAAAGGGGGCUUCCUGCCUCAGAGGCCAUGUGGUUGGUCCCCAGAAGUGUAAGCCUCUUCAUUCUGUAGCAGAAUUUUAAAAAAUUGACACACGUGUCAUGUAUUGUAAACAUUCAUGUCAUUUAAUUUUACUUUUCGCUAUUUAAAUGCAUAAUUGUGUUCAUAACCCCAAAUACAGUUAAAGAGAAACACUGCCAAGUGAAGAAGCAGCAAUACUGUUCAAAUUUAAGUUCUGUGCCUGUUUCACAUUUUACUUAAUUACCAAGAAUAAAAUAUUAAACAUCUGUUGAUAAGUUGAUACGGUGGAAACGACAAAUGUAUUUUCAGAUAUGGGUUUAUAAAAUGGAUCUUUGGGUAGCUGACCGGAUCUUAAAUGACUUAAUAUUAUAAAUGAGUCACGAGUCUACAAAGAGACCACUGAGUCAUAACCAACAGAUGGUCAUCCAGGAGCUCGGUAAAUGUGCCGUUUUUUCCCCUUCUGUCACUAGAACAUGAUUAUUCAGACAAUAAAUUAGACAAUAAAUACUUAAAUAUUUCCAUACAAUGAAAAAAUAAAUUACAGAUCUUACUUGAUAUUUUAUUCCGAAUUUCAUCGUGGUUGAGGUUACUGAAUAACUGAAAUGUCAGCCAUUCCGGUCAAAUCAGGUGUGAUAAAACACCUACGUAGAAAACACGGAACGGCCACUGUUCGGACACCUCAGUCACCUUGCGGCUGCGCCCCCAGCUCAUGGCGGCCGGGGCACAGAAUGCUUAGAAUAACAUUUUGCCCUAAAGAAAACAAUCUGUGCUUAAGAUUCUUGCAGCAAAAUCUCAGGUACCUGUUGCAUUUCAUUGUAUUACUGUCCAUUCUGUGAUUUGGCUUUACUUUCGGAUAGAUGUUGAAUUAGGUCAUCGAGAUUUGGUUUCCUCAAAAUUUUAUCACCUCUGACCCUGUGCCUGGCGGCUGCUCACUCCAUCACUUGGGGGGCGUGUAACUUGCAGCUGAAAGUGGGGAGACGCAGGCCCGAAAUAGUACACGAGAGAAGCACAGAAACUAUGCUGUCAGUUUCGCUUCUGCCGAAACACCGUGUGGGGUGGGGGCUUGGAGCGUGUCCCUCUGUUCCUGUUCCUGUUCAGCUUUAUUUUAAUCAGCUCUGUUAUAAUGAAUCUAGAAAUGAAGCCAUUUAAAUAGGUAAUUACAAUAUAAAGAUUCACUCUCACGUGUUACUGCAGAAGUUUUUUUUUGUUUUUUUCUCCAAGAUCUAUUGUACAUUUGUGAUUUUCUAUGUGUACACUUAGCAGAACCUGGUUAUUUAUUUUUGUAUAGACUUCAUAGCUCACUGAAAGGUAAAUAAACUGAUUACUGUUAGUCAGCCAUUAAGGUGCUCCCCCCGCAGAGACGAAGGCCUGGGCCUGUGUGAUGUACUAUGAAGCCUCGUGCAUGAAAAGAUGUUUACAUUUGUUGUCUAUUUUUUCAAUAAACUUUUUUUAUAGUUGG